CCAAACGACGUCGUCUCUUUCAAAUUCAGCCGUUUUCAACCCAGCUUCCCCUCUCUUUCACAAAUUCCCCGAUUUUCUCGAGAAAAUCUAGUUCUCGUAUAAUCCUUGCUCCAGUCUCAACAUACACACUUAAAGAAUUAAUAGAAAUGGAUCGGCGAAGGACGGGUAGUCCAGUGUACGGACGGCAGUGGAGUGGAGGAUCGAGCAGCUCGGGCUCGUCAUCACCGGCGCAACCCCAGUCACGGCUGCAGCCGGCAGUCUCCUCAAUCAAGCGCAACCAAAACGUGGCUGCCAAGGCCGCCGCACAGCGCCUCGCUCAGGUCAUGGCCACGCAGACCGCCGCUGGUACUGGCGACGACGAGGAUGACGAUGAUCAAGAAGACGAUCUCUCCUUCCGCUUUCCCGUAUCCACCAGAGAUAGCAAUCGAACUAGUAGUAAUCAUAGUUCGUUACCAGCGAUUUCGUUUAAUAGAGCUAAUAGAUCUCCGUCUCCUGCGUUAGGUCGGAACUUUGUAGAACAUGCAGCAUCGGUGCGGUCCACGUCAGCUGGAAGGCCGUCAACGAUGUCUGUUAGAACAACGACGUUGAUGCCGCCAAGUAGACCAUCGGUUAGAACUCCGGUUUCUAUACCUCCGAUCGAACCCCCUACUCAUAGGAAUAGAGAUAAGAGGUUCUCGUCAGAUAUAUCACUACUCAAUACAAAAGAUGCAGGAGAUCAGCGUGAAGCCUCUGCACUUCGUGAUGAACUUGACAUGCUACAAGAAGAGAAUGAUAGUUUACUUGACAAGCUUCGUCAUGCUGAAGAGAGACGUGAGGAAUCAGAAGCUAGAGCCAGGGAGCUUGAGAAACAGGUUGCUUCCCUUGGAGAAGGUGUGUCUCUGGAAGCCAAACUGUUGAGCAGGAAGGAAGCAGCUUUACGUCAAAGAGAGGCUGCUCUUAAGGCGGCAAAACAAAAGACAGAUGGAAAAGAUGGGGAGGUUGUAGCCCUACGUUCAGAAAUUCAGAACUUGAAAGAUGAGGCUGCAACAGCUGUUGAACAGCUACAAGAGGCAGAAUCUGAAACAAAAGCUCUGCGAUCAAUGACUCAAAGAAUGAUAUUGACUCAGGAAGAGAUGGAGGAAGUUGUUCUGAAGAGAUGUUGGCUUGCUCGCUAUUGGGGUUUAGCUAUACAGCAUGGCAUUUGUGCGGACAUAGCAGUGUCAAAGCAUGAGCACUGGUCUGCUUUUGCUCCUCUUCCCUUUGAAGUUGUCAUUUCUGCUGGACAAAAGGCCAAGGAGGAUUCAUGGGAGAAAGGUGGUGGUGAUCCUGAUAGAAGUAAACUUGUUCGGGAUUUGAGUGAUCUUACGGGAGAAGGAAAUAUUGAGAGUAUGCUUUCAGUUGAAAUGGGUUUGAGAGAAUUAGCAUCUUUAAAGGUUGAGGACGCUGUUGUGCUUGCAUUGGCCCAACACAGAAGACCAAAUAUGGUUCGACAAUCCCUCUCUGAUUCCAAAUCACCAGGUGAUCCAAAGUUUACAGAGGCAUUUGAGUUAAGUGAAGAGGAGGCAGAAGAUGUUCUUUUCAAAGAGGCUUGGCUGACAUAUUUCUGGAGAAGAGCUAAAGUGCAUGGUGUAGAGGAGGAUAUAGCGGAGGAGAGAUUACAGCUUUGGAUCAGUCGUAGCGGACAGUCACCAACUUCACAUGAUGCUGUUGAUGUUGAGCGAGGUUUAUUGGAGCUGAGGAAGUUGGGUAUAGAGCAGCAACUCUGGGAAGCAUCUCGGAAAGAAAUUGAUCUGCCAUCCUCGUUUGCCAAUCACAAACUUGCAGAUAUAGAGACUUCCUCAUGAUGGAGGUUGUUUUGAUGUGUUAAAGAACUAGGGUUGGCCAUUCCAUUUUGUAUACGUAUAUUAUUUUUAUCUUCUUGUCUUUCAUGAAUUUCCCGUCGACCUACUAUCCUCCUUUUCAUCCAGCAACAUCAACUUGUAGCUGGUCAUUAUACGAGAGGGCUGUUGGGACUUGGGGCUUGUAAUUAGACUUUGCUUAUAUGAUAGAAUGAUUGUAAUGUGAAAAUGAAUGCUCGAAACUAGUGAUUCUUUUAUUUCAUUGAUUUUGUAAUUCA